AUGUGCCAGGGAUUUGUUGGGUAUUUUAAUUAUUCUGUCAUGUAUGUAGGAGUGACCUAUAUCACAUUCAUGUACUGCCGUGGGGGCCUGAGCCUCCUGGCUUCAAUCAGCACUGAGCACUGUCCAUUCAUCCUCUUCCCAGUCUGCCUGACGCUGCAGCUGAGGGUCCAGUGCAGCUCCCAGGGCCAGCAGCCUGCCAGGCUUUACCUCCUGGUCCUGCUCACGAUCCUCGUGUUCCUGCUUUGUGGCCUUUCCAUGGGGAUCAAAGGUGUAAUACAGCCGUUUGGGUUUAGAUACCGCACCUAA